GUAAAUUCAUAGGUAUUGUUACAAGAUGUCCUUUAGAGCUCAAGAUGAAAAAAGUACCGCACACAAAUAAAUGGAAAGGGAAAAUUCAGUAUGCAGGCACAGAACAAGAACUGAAUAGUCCGUCACAGGUGGAAGCAGCAGUAAUAAGAGCCCAGAAUGCAUUGGCUGGGGAAGGAGUGGGCAUUAGCCACAAUUUAAUUACCCUGGAAAUUACCUCCCAUGAUGUUCCCGACCUCACUCUGAUCGAUCUGCCAGGGAUUACAAGAGUGGCCGUGCGUGAUCAGCCACAAGACAUUGGACAACAGAUUUUCUUACAGAUAAUGAAAUUAAUUAAAAAGUAUAUUACCAAACAAGAAACCAUCAAUUUGGUAGUGAUACCAAGUAACGUAGACAUUGCAACCAUGGAAGCACUGAAAAUGGCCCAAGAAGUAGACCCUGAGGGAGAGAGAACCCUUGGCAUCUUGACUAAGCCAGACUUGGUUGACCCAGGAGCUGAAGAAGAGGUAGUGGACAUAGUUCGGAAUCAAAGGGUUCUCCUGAGGAAAGGUUACAUGAUUGUUAAGUGUCGCGGACAGGAAGACAUCAAGAGCAGAGUGAGCUUGGCAGAUGCAAACCAGAAAGAGAGAAGGUUUUUUGAAGAGCAUGAAGUUUUCAGUUGCCUCCUGGAAGAACACAGAGCAACUAUUCCACUGUUGGCAGAGAGGCUUACCCAGGAGCUGAUAGACCACAUUAAUAAAUUGCUGCCCAAUUUAGAAGAACAAAUAAAAGACAAACUUGAGGCAACAAACCUACAGCUGCAGCAAUGUGGCCAAGGUGUGCCUGAAACACCUGAAGACAAGAUGUUUUUCCUUAUACAGAAAAUCAAAUACUUUAAUAACACCAUCUCAAAGGUACAGGAAGGAGAAGAGGUUUUCAUCGGUCCAGGAAAACGAAGAUUGUUCACAGCAAUGCGGCAGCACUUUAAUAAGUGGCAAACUGAAAUUAUCAACAAUGCAUUGGAUGUAAAAGGUCUUCUAAAGGAUGAAAUUUUGAACUUUGAAAUUAAAUAUCGCGGCAAAGAACUUCCAGGAUUUGUAAAUUACAGGACCUUUGAGAACAUUGUGAAACAGCAAAUUGAGAAACUACAAUCGCCAGCUCUUGAGAUGCUGAAAGACAUAACAGAACAAGUGCGGGAAACAUUUUUUGAAACUGCUACCCAACAAUUUAGUAGUUUUUACUUUCUUCUCCGAGCUGCUCAGACCAGCAUUGAAGAUAUCAGAGAGAAGCAACAGGAGACAGCAGAAUCAAUUAUCAAGGAUCAGUUUAAACUGGAAAAUGUUGUGUAUUGUCAAGACUAUAUUUAUAGUGAAGAUAUAAAACAGGUUAGAGGAAGAGGUUCAAUUUUGCAAGUUAUUGCGCCAAAGCGUUUUCUGAAUCCUGCAGACAAAUGUUCAAUGGAGGAGAUGGCUUACCACCUGAAUGCCUACUUCAAGAGUGCAGGAGUCCGACUUGGCACACAAAUUCCCAUGAUAAUUCAGAAGUACAUUCUCCAGGAUUAUGCAGAGGGGUUACAGAAUGCAAUGAUGGGGCUUUUACAGGAUAAAGAUCAGUACAAUGUUCUCCUUCAAGAGCAAAAAGAUGUUGCCAGUAAGAGGGUCUCUUUAAAGGAGAGGCUCAAGCGUCUCACCAGAGCUCGCCAGCGCCUAGCAAAAUACCCGAAUAUGUCAAAAUUCCGGGCCUGUCGUCAGACUCCAUCUGAAAGACGCAGUCGGAAGCUUGAGAGAACAUUGUCUUCGGAUGAGGAGAUGGAUGGCCCAUUGAAAUCUGGAGCAUGGUUUGGCAAUAAGCAGACAAGUGAGGGUCUGGGCAUACAGCCUAUGCCAGGAGAAGUUAAAUUUGCCGUACCAAACUUAUUUGUUCCACAACAAAAUGGAGGCUUUACAUUCAACCCACCAUCCUUUCCAAAUGGAGAUGCCAGUGAAGCAGUAGAACAAAAACAAACAAACAAAAAACCAGAAAACAGUUUAUACAACCAGUAUGAGGAGAAGAUCCGCCCUUGCAUCGACCUCAUUGAUUCCCUGAGAGCCCUUGGGGUGGAAAAGGAUUUGGCCUUGCCGGCCAUCGCUGUGAUUGGAGACCAGAGCUCUGGGAAAAGCUCCGUUCUGGAAGCCCUGUCUGGAGUCGCUCUUCCUCGGGGCAGCGGCAUUGUCACCAGAUGUCCCUUAGCACUAAAACUGAAAAAGCUAUCUUCUGGUCAGCAAUGGAAAGGAAAAAUUAGUUACUUGGAUAAAAAUUUGGAAUUGACAAAUGCUUCAGAAGUGGAAAGAGAAAUAAGAAGAGCUCAAAACAUAAUGGCUGGUGAAGGAGUGGGAAUAAGCAAUAAAUUAAUUAAUCUAGAAAUUAGCUCUCCAGAGGUUCCAGACUUGACACUGAUCGAUCUUCCAGGCAUUGCAAGAGUGGCUGUGGGUAAUCAGCCAUUAGAUAUUGGAGAUCAGAUCAAAAAACUGAUAAAAACAUAUAUUGACAGAAAUGAGACAAUCAAUUUGGUGGUGGUUCCAUGCAACGUGGAUAUUGCCACAACGGAGGCAUUGAAGAUGGCUCAGGAGGUAGAUCCAGAAGGCGAGCGCACUCUUGGGAUUUUGACAAAGCCUGAUCUGAUGGACAAAGGAACUGAAGGGAAUGUUGUGAACAUAGUGAGAAACUUAGUCAUCCCCCUGAAAAAGGGAUAUAUGAUUGUGAAAUGUCGAGGGCAGCAAGACAUCCAGUCCAACCUGACACUGGCUUCUGCAACCCAGAGAGAGAGAGAGUUUUUUGAGAAUCACAAACACUUCAGUAUGCUUUGGAAGGAAAAAAGAGCCACAAUUCCCUUAUUGGCUGAAAAACUUACAAGUGAACUUGUGCAACACAUUAGUAAAUCAUUGCCCACAUUAGAAGAGCAGAUAAGCUUUCAGCUUCAGAAGGCAAGCGAUGAGAUGCGCAGAUAUGGCAAAGGCAUGCCAAAAACUGAAGGAGAAAAGCUGUAUUUUUUAACAGAUAAAAUCCAGCUGUUUAAUGCAGAUAUCACAUGUGCCAUACAAGGAGAAGAAAAAUUAUCUGAAAAAGAUACCAGACUGUUCACCAAAAUCCGUAAAGAAUUUCAGAAAUGGGACCAAACAAUUGCUGAGAAUGGCAAGAAUAUUGAAAAAUCUCUCCAUCCUGAGGAGUGGAAAUUUGAACAUCAGUAUCGUGGACGAGAGCUGCCCGGUUUUAUCAACUACAGAACAUUUGAGAGUAUUAUGAGGAGGCAUAUUUCCAUAUUGGAACUGCCUGCUCUUGAAAUGCUGAACAAAGUGACAGAAAUUGUGCGUCAAGCAUUUGCAGAGGUAGCUAAAGCUCACUUUGAUGGUUUCCCUCAUCUUCAUAUGCAAGCUAAGAACAGAAUUGAAAGCAUUAAAGCAAAACAAAUAGAGGAAGCUGAAAGUACAAUCAGAACCCAGUUUGAAAUGGAGCAGACUUUAUACUGCCAGGACGGUGUCUACAGGAGAGAUUUGAGCAUUGUAAAAGGAAAAGUAGAAGAAGCUGGGAACAGUCUUUUCAGUGCUGGUUCUUUAAAUGGAAAAAAUCCUCUAAAUUCCGUUGGCACUAGCCUCACUUUUGGAACCACUUCUGCACAAGAUAGUUCCAUCACAGAAAUAGCUUAUCAUUUGAAGACCUACUUCAGUAAUGCAGGUAACCGUCUCUCUUGUCAAGUUCCUCUGAUAAUCCAGUUCUACAUUCUCCAGAAGUUUGGUGAUCAUCUGCAAAAUGAAAUGCUACAGCUCCUGCAGAAUAGAGAAAAGUUGAGCAUUUUACUCCAGGAGCGCAAAGAUGCUGCUGAACAGAGGCAGUUCCUCAGUGACCGCAUUUUUCGCCUGACUGAAGCACGGAACCACUUAGCAAAAUUUUCUGGUUAGAAAAGAUUAUGUACUGCUUGGCACUGCAUGGGGAAAACCUAGUUUAUCUGCCAAUAGGUAGAUCACAUCUCGUUUAAAAGGGGAGGGGGAAAGAACUAUAUUUUAUUUCGUAUCAGUUCUUUAAUAACUAGAACUUUUCUGAGUGCUUCAUAACUUUUUCCAGUUUUGGCUACUAGGUAGUACAAAAUAAUCCUUUUGUGGUCUUCUGUGCCUUAUUUGCUAAACAACCCAAGAAAAAACUCACUUGCAUCCAUCUUGAUUUAGAUGCCACUUGUUUUGGAAUGUUAAAUUAGUUGAACUUGGAGGGACUUCUAGGCUUCUGCCUGUGGUGUGGUCUGAGAAUCUAGAGAAGUUACCUGAUGGGAUGCAACCUACUACCUGUUUGUUCAAUCCUUGACUUUCUUAAUUGCUCUUAAUGUUAGUAAGCAGAUAGAAGGGGAAGAUAUGGAGGCAGUGACAGAUUUUACUUUCUGGGGCUCCAUGAUCACUGCAGAUGGAGACA